CCGAAGUUAGAGAAACCCUGGCUAACAGAAAGACAAAAUGGGCUGCACAAUGAGCAGCGACCCCUCUGUUGACAAACGCUCCUUGUUCUCUGCUAACGGCGCAAGGGCUAGUGUCUCCCCAAACUCCGUUCUCGCUCUUACCACCGGUGAUCCGAGAGUUUUCGAGCCAUUCUGGCGAAAGAUGGGUGAUGCGUGUAAGGUGGUAAUCGGCGGCGGUGACUUGAUGAGCUAUUUCAGUGAUGUUGGAAAUGUAUGCUGGUUUUUGGAGCCGGAGCUUGGGGAUGCGAUCAGGAGGCUGCAUCGUGUGGUCGGGAAUGCGGUAACGGAAGAUAGGCAUAUCGUGGUGGGGACGGGCUCAACGCAGCUCUUCCAAGCUGCGCUUUACGCUCUCACUACUCCCGCUGCGGCCGUUGAGCCCGUCAGUGUUGUGUCUUCCGCCCCCUAUUACUCGUCAUAUCCUGAAGUGGUAGAUUGCCUGCGCUCAAGCCUGUACAAAUGGGAGGGUGAUGCGUGUACCUUUAAUAAGGAUGGACCUUACAUAGAGGUGGUCAACUCACCAAACAACCCAGAUGGAACUCUUCGAGAAACCGUGGUGAAACGUGGUCAAGGAAAGGUUAUCUAUGACUUUGCUUACUAUUGGCCACAAUACACGGCCAUUACCUCGGCAGCUGAUCACGAUAUUAUGUUAUUUACAUUUUCCAAAUGCACGGGACAUGCCGGUUCCCGCAUUGGAUGGGCUCUUGUGAAGGAUAAAGACAUUGCCAAGAAGAUGACACAAUAUAUAACGAUAACCUCAAUUGGUGUAUCAAAAGAAUCACAAUUCAGAGCUGCGAAAAUCAUGAAAGUGAUUUGUGAUGGCUGCCAAAAUGUUGGGUCGACAGCUGCCAAAUCUGGAAACUUCUUUGAAUAUGCUCGGGUGAUUAUGUCUAAAAGAUGGCAGAAAUUAAGAGAAGCUCUUCAGCAUAGUGAAUAUCUCAGUUUGUUCAAGUAUCCGCGAGAGCGCUGCCUCUUCACUGGAGAGCUCAAUGAAAGGCUGCCAGCCUUUGCAUGGUUGGAGUGCAAAGAAGGCAUCAAGGACUGCGAGGAAUUUUUACGAGGAUUUGAUGUCGUUGGAAGAGGCGGUAAGGCUUUUGGAGCCGAUCCGAAAUUUGUUAGGGUUAGCUUAUUGUGCGGGGACGAGGAUUUUAACGGAAUCAUUGAACGAUUACUGGAGAUCAAGGGGAUUAGGAACGGAAAUUAAUUAUGUCGAUCUUGUAGUCGUACGUUGUGGUAAUUAAAGCUUAAAUAUAUGCUUAUAUAAUUUUUAAAUUCAUUCAGUAUUUAAU